CACCGUCUGAUUAAGCUACCCUACCCUAAGUUACCUGGAUUAUUUUGUAAACACAGGCACGUCUCUCGCUCCUCUACAGCCGCCACCGCCGCAACUACUGAACAAACCUACCAUUGAAAUCCCCUCAAACUGGGACGAACGAACACAAUGUCACACAACCGCAGCGUCUCGAUAUCCAACAACACCACCGGCGGCGCCGCAUCCGCGCUCGCCAGCGGGGCUGAGAAAACCUACUUCGAGCAGCAGCGCGAGAUCCUCGUCGGCGAAAUCGCACAGAGCCUAGAGCACGUCCUACAAAACAUGAACAAGCUCAACCGGUCGCUGGAGGAAGUCAUAGCCGUGGGCAAGGAGUUCAGCCCCGUCGAGGCGCUGUGGAGCCAGUUUGAGAACGUGAUGGCGAAGGAUAAUGGGGAGGAGGGGGAGGAAGGGGGAGGUGCGGAGAAUGGGGAGGGGGAGACGGAGGGAGAGGGGGAGACGGAGGUGGAGGGGAGGGGGAAGUGA